ACUCCCCUGGCCCCAGCUUCAAAAUUCUCACGGUGACUGCUACACAAUGUUUCUAGACCGCUCACGGAUGACGCUGUUUAGAAGACUCGGUCCCUCACUCGCUUCGCAAUCGCUUCAUUAGAUAAGAGAUCCUCAGAUCGAGUCCAUCCCAACAUGUGCGAGUGCAACCUCACAAUCACAAACUCAUUAUAAUAUUCCGAAGCAGCAACAAUAAACAAAUCCACCCCUUAAUAGGCUCAACAAUUAGCCCGCGCAUGCGUGAUUCAUAAAAACAUGGGUGGCAAUGGCAAGCACAGGUGGAAAAUAUCCUUCCAUCGUUCUUCUUCUUCCUCUCGUUCAAAGCUGGAACCUAAGCACCCUCCCAAGGAGUUCACGUGCCCGAUUUCCGGGUCCUUAAUGUCUGACCCGGUCGUUGUUGCUUCGGGUCAAACCUUCGAACGCAUCGCCGUUCAAGUCUGUUCUGAUUUAAAGUUCUCCCCCAAAUUAGACGACGGGACCCGACCCGAUUUCUCAACCGUCAUCCCCAAUUUGGCCAUCAAAACGACCAUCCUCAACUGGUGCGACAAAUCCAGUACCGAACACCCGCGCGCACCGGAUUACGCCUCUGUGGAGAGGCUCGUUCGAGAAGCAAUGGGGGCGUCGGAGGAAGAACGAAUUAGGGUUUCCGAGAAGGAGCUGCUGAAGGCGGUGGCCGAUAACCCGCCGGUGAUUUUCUCCCACGCCGCCACUGAGUUGGGGCCCCGAGUUAACCACUUCAACUCGGGAUCCUCGGAGGAAUCGGUGAUAAUUCCGACGAGUCCUGGGACGCCGUUGACGCUGACGUAUCGCCCCACUUGUUUCUCCUCCUCCUCCUCCUCGUGCGAGAUCGAAAUCCAAAGCCCCAGCGCGCCGGCGUCGGAGGAAGAAGAGGGGUUAUUGAAGAAAUUGAGGAGCAGCGUGGUAUUCGAGCAAGAAGAAGGUGUAAUCGCUCUGAGAAGCAUCACGAGGAAUAGGGAAGAGGCUAGGGUUUUGCUGUGCACGCAGCUGUUGCUCUUGGCGCUACGUCCUUUGGUUGCUUCACGUUACGGCGUCGUUCAGGUGAACGCGGUGGCGUCUCUGGUCAACCUUUCCCUGGAGAAGCAGAACAAGGUGAAGAUCGUGAGGUCAGGGUUUGUUCCCUCUCUAAUCGAUGUUUUGAAGGGGGGAUUCGGUGAAUCGCAGGAGCACGCUGCGGGCGCGCUCUUUAGUUUAGCAUUGGACGAUGACAACAAGAUGGCGAUUGGUGUACUCGGCGCGUUACAGCCACUCAUGCACGCGCUCCGGUCAGAGUCGGAACGGACUCGGCAUGACUCGGCGCUCGCUCUCUAUCAUCUGACCCUGGUUCAGAGCAAUCGAGUCAAACUGGUGAAACUCGGGGUGGUCCCAGCGCUGCUUUCGAUGGUUGUGGCAGGGAAUUUGGCGAGCCGGGUGCUGCUGAUUCUGUGCAACUUGGCCGUAUCGAUGGAGGGAAGGACGGCUAUGUUAGAUGCGAAUGCAGUGGAGUGUUUGGUGGAAUUGCUGAGGGGUAAUGAGUUGGACUCGGAGGCGACUCGGGAGAAUUGUGUGGCUGCUUUAUAUGCGUUGAGUCAUAGAAGCUUGAGGUUCAAGGGAUUGGCAAAAGAGGCGAGGGCUGUAGAAGUUUUGAAGGAGAUUGAGGAGACAGGAACGGAGAGAGCCAAGGAGAAGGCCAGAAAGGUGUUGCAGAUGAUGAGGGCUGUGGGAGACGCUGAUGGUGAAGAAGGUUUCGAGUUCGAUGGCAUUUUGGAUUCCGGCGGGUUCGCUCGGAAUCGAUACCGUGUUGGUGGUGCCAGGAAUAACAACCUCGUCAACUCAACUACAUUUUAGGUUCCUCUUCCUAAUUUCUGGUUUACAUUUGUUGGUUUAGGUUCUGUAGGAGAAGGGAUAUUGUUGAUGAAAUGUGUCACUGCGGAAUUGAAGAGGAUCGUGCGUCUGAAUUCUGAAUAGGAACCUAGUUUAUAUGGUUUUGCUGGGUUUUUGGAACUGCCAUCUCAUUCUCAAGCUCCACUCUUUCUUUCUUUUAAAUUUUAGCUUUUGUUGUCGAGUGUUAUAGUCUGUAAUCAGGGUUUAGGGUGAAUAUUCAGUUGUAUGCAAAUGUGUACAUAAUUAUACUACACUGUCUAGCGUCUACUUUGGUGCACAGCAAACAGAAAUCUGUAGAUUUGUCAAUUGGUUCAUAUGUAAAGAGUCAUAUCUCCUAAUAUAUAAACCAAGAGGACCAACAGUUUCCUUCCCUCAAUAUGCACAUGUUGUUUCAUGUAUAAUCCGAGUUUUCAUUUCAAAAUUCAAAUGCCAAUCCUCAAGAUUUUACUUGCAAAUAGCAACAAUUUUCCUGUCAGCAUUUUCUCCUCUUAACUAGAUCUCAUUUUUUCAGCUAUUCUAAAUUGCUUCCUGAGGGCACUCAUACUCAAGAGAAAUGUGUGGGAAAAAGAAUUCGACCAAUUUCUUGUUAUCUAUAAUUAAUCAAUUUUUAUCUUAAAUUUAUGCCCAAGAUUAUCGUCUCCGGCAGAUGAGUUCCAAUUUAUGAUCAAAAUCUUUUGCAGUUCAUUAUAUCAUUCCAACUUGUUAUGCGUGAGUAUGAGUCCACUACAUCGAAGAACCUAUACCCUUCUAAACACAAGGCACAGCCCUAACAUCCAUUCUUAGCUCACGCUCGACCCAAUGCCUUUUAUGGACUCAAAAAAAGGGAAGGCUUUUGCUUUGCACUUGCUAUUAGUGCUUAUUUGGAAAUAGAGGAAAAUCACGUUUUAUAUAUUCUAGAGUUAAAAUCAAUUCAUGAUUGAAUGAAUUUGGCGGCAAUUUCAACGUGCCAUCGGUCCAAAGUGAGGAUUUUUGUGUGUAAUUAUUGAUUUCGUUUUAUAACAUUCAAGGAACUGAGCUUUUACAGAUUUAAUUAAUUGGUCUGAUUUUAGGAAUAUUUCGCUGGAUCUGCAGACUAACCUAGAGGAUAAGUGUGCCUGUUAUCUCAAUAUUUGCUCGAUCUUUAGGGAGUUAAUUUUUUCCAUUGGAAGAAUAUUUGCCCGUGUUAUCAAGAGACUUAAUCGAUAGUUAGGUCUUAAUUUAUCAUAUUGGAGAAGUAUAUGCCUUAUAUUCCAAGACUAUCUCGGUCUUUGGAGACUUGGAGCAAGAUUCGCGUUUGGAGCCUUGCACCUUGGAAUUGAACUGAUUUCAGGGACCUAAACGUUAUCCCAAAAUUGGCUCCAGUUUUUGAGACUUGAAGAUUGUCACACGAUAAGCACUCCUAUAUA